AUGGGGAAUGAAAAUUUUCCCAGUGUUGGUGCAACUCAAUAUCCUGAAUUUUCAACACAAAUAACUCCUGGUGGCAUGGCAGUUGCUGAUGAAGUCACUCUAGAAGAUUCAACUCCUAAGAACAAGAGAAGUAAGGAACCAGCAUGGAACACUCAACAAAAUUUGGUUCUAAUUAGUGCAUGGAUUAAAUAUGGAACAAGCAGUGUUGUCGGGAGAAACCAGAGAGGAGAAACAUAUUGGGGUAAAAUUGCUGAGUAUUGUAAUGAGUAUUGCUCAUUCGAUUCUCCCCGCGAUCUAGUUGCCUGCCGAAACCGUUUUAAUUAUACGAGCAAAAUAAUAAAUAAAUGGAUUGGGGCUUAUGAAAGCGCUAAGCGUAUGCAAGUAAGCGGUUGGUCGGAAAAUGAUGUUUUGACAAAAGCGCAGGAAUUAUUUGCAUGUGGAAAGAAUAUUCAAUUUACUUUGAAUGAAGAAUGGCACGCUCUUCAUGAUCAACCACGUUAA